AUGAAUCCUGUUGAAGAAUGUCAUAAAACUAUUUUAGAAUUAAAAAAUAAAAUGGCUUCAUUGAGACAAGAAUUAACGGUAUUGAAUACAUCUGCUGUUGAAGUUUUGGAAAAUAAAAAAGACUCAAAUACUUCUGGUGUUCAAAAAUUUUAUAGAGAAAAAAUAGAUAAGAUGUCAAGUGAAGUUAAAGAUUCUAAUCCAUAUAGUCGUUUAAUGGCACUCAAAAGAAUGGGUAUUGUUGAUAAUUAUGAACAGAUACGUGAAAAAAGUAUAGCUAUUGUAGGUGUAGGUGGUGUUGGAAGUGUUGUAGCAGAAAUGUUAACAAGAUGUGGAAUUGGUAAAUUAAUUUUAUUUGAUUAUGAUAAAGUUGAACUUGCUAAUAUGAAUAGAUUAUUUUAUCAACCUCAUCAAAGCGGGUUAAGCAAAGUCGAUGCAGCGAAAGAUACAUUGAUUCAUAUCAAUCCAGAUGUUGAAAUAGAAUGCUUCAAUAUGGAUAUUACAACAAUGUCAAAUUUCAACAAAUUUGUUGAUAAUAUUAACAAAGGUGGUAUAGAUGGAAAAAAAAUUGACUUAGUUCUUUCAUGUGUUGAUAAUUUUGAAGCUCGAAUGACAGUAAAUACUGCUUGUAAUGAAAAUAAUCAAAUUUGGAUGGAAUCAGGAGUUUCAGAAAACGCAGUUUCUGGACAUAUACAAUAUAUUGAACCAGGAAAGACUGCAUGUUUUGCUUGCCUUCCACCAUUAAUUGUUGCUUCAAAUAUUGAUGAAAAAACAUUGAAAAAAGAUGGUGUUUGUGCCGCUAGUUUACCGACAACUAUGGCUGUUAUUGCUGGAAUGCUUGUUCAAAAUUCAUUAAAAUAUUUAUUAAAUUUUGGAACCGUUUCAAAUUAUGUUGGAUAUAAUGCACUUGUAGAUUUUUUCCCAAAAGAAGAAAUGUUACCAAAUCCUCAAUGUAGUGAUAAAUAUUGUGUUAUCAGACAAAAGGAAUACCAUCAAAAGAAACUUCUAGAGCCUCAGGAAAAAGUUGUAAAAAAGGAAGAUGAACCAGUAUUGCAUGAAGAUAAUGAAUGGGGUAUUACAUUGGUUGAUGAAAGUAAUUCAAUUGAAGAAAGUUCUUUACGUGCACCUUCUUCGGGACUUUCAUACUCAUAUGAUUUGCCAAACCAAGUAUCUGAAGAGAAUGUAGAAGAAACACAAACAAAAAAUGUAAAUCUUUCCGAUCUUAUGGCUCAACUUAAAAAUAUGUAA